GGGAGGGUCGGGGUCAAGGAGCAAACCCGGCACAAGAUGGCGGCCGUAGCGGCAGUGGCGGCGCGUAGGAGGCGGUCUUGGGCAGGUUUUGUACUGGCUUGUUUCGGGGUUUGCCUGGGAAUUACCCUUGCUGUGGAUAGAAGCAACUUUAAGACCUGUGAAGAGAGUUCCUUCUGCAAGCGGCAACGAAGCAUACGGCCAGGCCUCUCUCCGUAUCGAGCCUUGCUGGACUCUCUGCAGCUUGGUCCUGAUGCCCUCACAGUCCAUCUGAUCAACGAAGUCACCAAGGUGUUGCUGGUGCUGGAGCUCCAGGGGCUUCAAAAGAACAUGACUCGGAUCAGGAUUGAUGAGCUGGAGCCCCGGCGGCCCCGAUACCGUGUGCCAGACGUCUUGGUGGCUGAUCCCCCCACAGCUUGGCUUUCAGUCUCUGGCCGUGACGACAACAGCGUGGAGCUAACGGUGGCUGGGGGACCUUAUAAAAUCAUCUUGACGGCACAGCCAUUCCGCCUUGACCUUCUGGAGGACCGCAGCCUUCUGCUCAGUGUCAAUGCCCGAGGACUCUUGGCAUUUGAGCACCAGAGGGCCCCCAGGGUCUCUUUCUCGGAUAAAGUUAGUGUCACGAUCGGUAGCAUAUGGGAUAAGAUCAAGAACCUUUUCUCUAGGCAAGGAUCAAAAGACCCAGCUGAGGGCGAUGGGGCCCAGAACGAGGAAGCACCUGGGGAUGAUGACAAGCCAGAGGAAACCCAGGGGACAGCAGAGAAAGAUGAGCCAGGAGCCUGGGAGGAGACAUUCAAAACUCACACUGACAGCAAGCCAUAUGGCCCCAUGUCUGUAGGUUUGGACUUCUCUCUGCCAGGGAUGGAGCACAUAUAUGGGAUCCCCGAGCAUGCAGACGGCCUGAGGCUGAAGGUCACCGAGGGUGGGGAGCCGUAUCGCCUCUACAAUUUGGAUGUGUUCCAGUACGAACUGAACAACCGCAUGGCCCUGUAUGGGUCUGUGCCUGUGCUCCUGGCACACAGCCCUCAUCGGGACUUGGGCAUCUUCUGGCUCAAUGCUGCAGAGACCUGGGUUGACAUCUCCUCUAACACUGCGGGGAAGACCCUUUUUGGGAAGAUGCUGGACUACCUGCAGGGCUCUGGGGAGACCCCACAGACAGAUGUUCGCUGGAUGUCAGAGAGUGGCAUCAUUGAUGUCUUCCUGCUACUCGGGCCCUCUGUCUCUGAUAUCUUCCGGCAGUACGCUAGUCUGACAGGGACCCAGGCAUUGCCCCCGCUCUUCUCCCUCGGCUACCACCAGAGCCGCUGGAACUACCGUGAUGAGGCUGAUGUGCUAGAAGUGGAUCAGGGCUUUGAUGAUCACAACCUACCCUGUGAUGUCAUCUGGCUGGACAUUGAGCAUGCCGAUGGCAAGCGUUACUUCACCUGGGACCCCAGCCGCUUUCCCCAGCCCCUCGACAUGCUUGAGCGCUUGGCCGCCAAGAGACGUAAGCUGGUGACCAUCGUGGAUCCCCACAUCAAGGUGGACUCUGGCUACCGUGUACAUGAAGAGCUGAGGAACCAGGGGCUGUACGUUAAAACUCGGGAUGGCUUGGAUUACGAGGGCUGGUGCUGGCCAGGCUCAGCUGGUUACCCUGACUUCAUUAAUCCCACAGUGAGGGUCUGGUGGGCUAACAUGUUCAGCUUUGACAAUUACGAGGGCUCAGCUCCCAACCUCUUUGUCUGGAAUGACAUGAAUGAACCGUCUGUGUUCAACGGUCCGGAGGUCACCAUGCUCAAGGAUGCCCAGCAUUAUGGGGGCUGGGAGCACCGGGAUGUGCAUAACAUCUAUGGCUUCUAUGUGCAUAUGGCAACUGCUGAUGGGCUGGUGCUGCGCUCCGGGGGCCUAGAACGUCCCUUUGUCCUGAGCAGGGCUUUCUUCGCUGGCUCCCAGCGCUUUGGAGCUGUGUGGACGGGGGAUAACACUGCUGAAUGGGAACAUUUGAAGAUCUCUAUCCCUAUGUGUCUGAGCUUGGGGCUUGUGGGAAUUUCCUUCUGUGGGGCGGAUGUGGGUGGCUUCUUCAAAAAUCCAGAGCCAGAGCUGCUUGUGCGCUGGUACCAGAUGGGGGCCUACCAGCCGUUCUUCCGAUCACAUGCCCACUUGGACACGGGGCGGCGAGAGCCGUGGCUCCUACCGUCUCAGUACCAUGAUGUCAUCCGAGAUGCCUUGAACCAGCGAUAUUCCUUGCUGCCCUUCUGGUACACCCUCUUCUAUCAGGCCUAUCGUGAAGGGAUUCCUGUCAUGAGGCCCCUUUGGGUACAGUAUCCUCAGGAUGUGACCACCUUCAGCAUAGAUGAUCAGUUCCUGCUUGGGGAUGCAUUGCUGGUUCAUCCUGUAUCAGACUCCGGGGCCCAUGGCGUGCAGGUCUAUCUGCCUGGCCAAGGGGAGGUGUGGUAUGACACUCAGAGCUAUCAGAAGCAUCACGGUCCCCAAACCCUGUACCUGCCUGUAACUAUAAGCAGUAUCCCUGUGUUCCAACGUGGAGGGACAAUUGUACCUCGAUGGAUGCGAGUGCGGCGUUCUUCAGAGUGUAUGAAGGAUGACCCGAUCACGCUCUUUGUUGCACUCAGUCUCCAGGGUACAGCCCAAGGAGAGCUCUAUCUGGAUGAUGGACACACAUUCACCUAUCAGACUCAUCAUAGGUUCCUGCUGCGUCGGUUCUCAUUCUCUGGCAAUACCCUUAUCUCCAGCUCAGCAGACCCCACAGGCCACUUUGAGACACCAAUCUGGAUUGAGCGAGUGGUGAUAAUAGGGGCUGGAAAGCCAGCAGCUGUGGUCCUCCAGACAAAAGGAUUUCCUGAAAGCCGCCUAUCCUUCCAGCAUGACCCCGAGACCUCUGUGCUGAUCCUGCGUAAGCCUGGUGUCAACGUGGCAUCCGACUGGAGUAUUCACCUGCGAUAACCCAAGGGAUGUUCUGGGGUUGGUGGUGGGGGGGUGGGGGGGUGGUGAAAAUUACUCUUCCUUCUGCCUCAGAGUUUGACUCUCCCCAGACAUCACCUUUCUUAUCCCAAGAUCCAGAUUCUGCCAACUUCUGGGCAAGAUAAGAGGGCUGUCCCUGGGCUUUGAAUUCCUCUUGUGAUCUCCUGACCUCUCCCACUCUCUUGACACCAAGCCUGUUACUUCAUCCCCCAACAUCCUGUUGCUCUAACUGGAGCACAUUCACCUGUGAAGACCUGGGGACCACAGGGCCCUUGCUUCCCCUCCUCUUUCCCCUCUGUGGCGGCCCUGAAUCUCCAUCCCUAGACCCUUUCACUCACCCUCUUUUAUGUUGAUGCCAUUUCUUGGAAGAUGGAGGGCAGUGAGCUUAAGACUUUUCUCCUUCCCCUUUCCUCCCCACCAGUCUGCUCUCCCUCCUGUUUCUUCCUCCUGUCUCCUCUUGGUCAGCCCUCCCCUUUUUAUGCCCCACUGAUACACUGGGACCACCCCUUACCUGGUAGGGGAUGCAUGGAUCAAAAGGAGUGAGGUUGCUGGAAAACAUCCUUUUCCCUCAUCCCAACCAUUUCCUCUCCCCGGUUCUUUCUAGAGCUGCUGCAGUUCUGACAGGCAGGGGCUGUUCUACCUCCCCUGUCUCUUGGGGGAAAAAAAAAUUUCCUCUCCUUCGUAAGAGGAGAUAAGCAUUAAGCUUCUUUUGCCCCCUUCUUGUCCCCUUGGGGGGCAUUCAAGAUGGAGAAAUCAGUUGUGGUUUCAUCGAAUCACGGUCACCUGUAUUUAUUGCUGGGAGAAGGCUGAGGGUGGGGGGAGACGAUCAUGUGUGCCCAGGGUUGGCCUGAAGCUCUGGGUGGGGUGGGGACUAAAGGGGGAUGAGGGGGAAUAUUUGUGGGAAUUUUUUUUUUACUUACUUUUGGUCCCCACCUGUGACAGGUUUUGAUAAAAGAAGAAACAAUAAAGAGAAAACCUUAAAUAAC